GCCAUAACGGAAUGGAGAAGAACGGCGAUAGUGUUGUUGGAGAUUACGACGUCAAGACGAAGAGAGAGAAGCUUAAAUCGGUUCUGUCUCGUCUCCUUGCCGAUCCGAUUCUCGCCGACGUUCCGAGGAACCCAACACUUUUCGAUGUCGUCACUCUUGUCAGUCUGGAAAAGGGAAGCGCUAUGCGUCUCUCCGUCAUCAAGCUCGACGGCUCCUCACUGGAUGUAGCCGUCAUGAAUUCAGCUACUUUGAAAGAUCUGAAGCUUUUGAUCAAGAAGAAAGUUAACGAAAUGGAGCAAGCAAACAUGGGUCAUCGCCACAUUUCUUGGAAGCAUGUAUGGUCAAACUUUUGUCUUUCGUACAAUAAUGAGAAGCUGCUUGACGAUAAUGCUCUUCUUCAAGAUGUCGGAGUCCGGAACAAUUCUCAGGUGACCUUCAUGCCAUAUGUGAUGAAGAAGGGUCGAGGGAGACACUCCAAGAGGAAGAAGCAUCGUCUUUUUCGUUCACUCCACAAGACUUCUUGAACCACCCUUAUUGAUAUGUUGGCUUGCUGGUGGAGUAGACAUAUAGUCGUCGUCUCAGCACAAUUGAGAUCAAAACCAACAUAUUUAUGUGGUUAAUCGCACCUUACUCACCAGCAUCUCAAUACGCAGCAAUCAGCUAGUGGCAACAACUGAUCUUGAGAACCUUUUAUAUGGUUUAGCGAUCUUACCAUCAACACGUGAGGGACCCUAUUGGUGGCAAUGUGGAAUAAAAAAACAGAACAGAAACUGCUAUCUUUUCAUAAUUAAUAAACCAGGAAACUGAAGGUAAUUCGAGAUUUGAUUCUUGUUUUA